AUGGCCUUGAAGCUUCCCCCAGGCUAUAAAUUUUGCCCAAGUGACAAACAGUUGUUGGAGGACUACUUGAAACCCAAGAUUCAGGGUACCCUUUCUUUGGAUGUCAUCCAGGACAAGGAGAUUUACGGUCCCAACGCCAAUCCAUGGGAGAUCUUCAGUGACUCGUCCACUCAAUGGAUAAUUUCUGGUAAACAAAAAUCUGUUUAUGUCUUUACUCGUUUAACAAAGAUGGCAGAUAAGGAAUCAUCUGGUGAGGGGAGUGAAGGACACUAUGUGAGGACAGCAGGUUGUGGUACGUGGCACGUUGAAACGGGUCGUAAGGCCGUCAUGGAUGUUAAUAAUAUUCCUAUUGGGGAGAAGAGGAUGUUGGUUUUUCAGAUUAGUGAUACUAAUGGAUUGAAGAAUGGAGUUGAGUAUUAUUGGAACAUGCAUGAGUAUCUUUUGAAGGGGAUUGAGGAUUAUGUGGUUUGUCGGAUCACUCUUGAUACAAUGAAAACUGUCAAGGUUUGCCCCAAAGAGGUUUCUGGAAGACGUGGCAGUGCUAAGUCUAAAGCAAACAAGAAAUCCGCGACUACUUCUAAUAGUAAGGAUGGGAGGGAAAAGGCGGUGUUGGUUGAUAGUUUCUGCGAUCCAAGAAAGGAGGUGGCCUCUAAUAUUGAUGAUUCUAGUACGUGUGGAUUCAGUUAUGAGAAUCAGAGAUGUGGUGAAGAGAGGAUUGAGAUGGUCAAUCAGAACCUGUUGGCCUUGACGAAUACCCUAUGUCUCGAUGGUUCUGACCACAGAUCAAUCCUUAAUGAAGGUAUGCCACAAUAUGAUGAUGCAAGGGGGACGUCUAGUGUUGAAAAACCAGAGGGUCAGGGGCUGAAUGUACUUAAUGAUGAUCAGGGACUCAACAAUGAAGAAGCCGCCCAACCAGUGAUUUGUAUGGGUGAGGGUUUUCAAAACAUGGGGACAGUAUUAUCAGAUUUCAACGGUGGGUCUGAGGACGAAGUAUAUCUGGACUUGGAGGAUAUAAAUAUAAUUGGUGAUGAUUUCUGGUCAGAUGCUGACAAUGUGCCGAUGAUGGAUCAGCCACUGCCCAACCGUGAUGUUCCUUUAAAUUUAGAGGAUUUGCUUGAUGCGGGCUCUUGGUCAGAUUUAUUGGAGGAACUGGGGCAAGACGACAACAAUGUUGACAAUGUGCCAAUGAUGGAUCAGCCACUGCCCAAUAGUGAUCUGUCUUUGAAUUUUGAGGAUUUGCUUGAUGCGGGUUCUUGGUCAGAUCUAUUGGAGAAACUGGGGCAAGUGAACAACAAUGUGCAGGAGCGACAGCAGCAACAAUGGCAACAGCCUACGCAGAACAUUAGUUGCGGAUUGGGGAAAAGGAAGUCAUUCGAAGCUGAAGAAGCAGGACCUGCUAAAAAGUCUUGCAUCUGA